AUGAGAAUCAAACUCUUGUUUUUGACAUUUUCUUCGGAGAGGAUGCGGCCAUGGAGGGCGUGUGCUAGGAUUAGCAAAUCUCCGACCUUUAUUCUAUCAUCUGUAGUCGAUUUUGAAAGGUUCGUUGAAAAGUGCUUCGCCGCUCACGAGGUACCUAGAGCUGUAGAAAUCCAGAACGGAUUCGGAUUUCGGUAUGACUAUUUGGAUCGGCCCGAAAUACUGGGUAGAGCUGCUGAUGCUGUUUUUGUCCAUACACCAGCCAUGUCGGCGUUAAGGAUUAGAGCUCGAAUCGUGUGGUUUGUCGCAAUCGAGAACGACAUGGAUGUCGAUGAUCAAGUUAACAGGGAUGGUGACAUAUCAAAUGGAACUACAGUUAAAUCUUCCGAGUUUACAGGUGAUCAUAAUGUGACGGAGGAAAUGCUAACAACUAAAAAUGAAAAUCAGGAAAUUCCAGUAUUAGGCAUGAAAUUUGCUAACAAAAAUGAGGUGUUUCAAAAAAGAAAUUCAACAAAAGGUGAUGAUGGAAUUGUACGGUAUGUGACGUAUACUUGUAGUCGAGAAGGUCGACGAAGCUAUAAGACCAAUACAUCUCUGGAUCCGCUACCGACUAGUCAAACGAGUUGUAAAGCAAGGUUGACCGCUUGUUCUGAUGCUUGUGGAGUAUGGCGUAUAAAUGUUGUUCAUUUAGAGCAUAACCAUAAGACAAGCCCAUCCAAAUCUAGGUUGUACAAAUGCAAUCGACAACUCUCUCCCUCUGAUGCUCCGCCAAGACCUUCGUUGACCUCCUACUCCUCAACGUCGUUUCCUUGUUUCCUUCUUCAAUGGCGGCCUCGGGGUGGUUCCGGUGCAAGAACACCCGUUCGAAGAUGCUACGCAGAAGAUUCAGGUAGACAGUGCAGGCUUGGGGAGAAAUCCGUAGCUGGGAUAGCCGUCGAAAGGAUGAGGAAUCGGGUAGUGGCCGUAGCCAAUAUGAUUACGAAUAAGUACAGCGACAUGGAGGCCUAUGAUUUGAACAAGUGGGAUCGGUUUUUCCUCACACAAACUCAGCGGACAACUGAUAAUAUGGAAAAGCUGCCACAUAAGUACGUCUUGAGAAGAUGGAGGCGAGAUGUCAGCAGACCAUAUGUGCGGAUUGAAACCAUGUACGAUGGUAUGGCUAGUACUGUUGAACAGUUAAGAUAUGAGAAAUUAUGUGCUGCUUUUACUAAGAUGGCAAACUUGUUAGCUGAGAAUGAAGAGCGGUCAAAUCAACUGUUGGAAUGGAUUGAUUGUCGAACGGAUGAACUUGCUAAAGCAAAAUAUAAUACCAUGGGCACACAUGGAAAUGAAUUGGGUAACUCUGAAAAUAUAAGAAUUUUGGAUCCACAAUGUACAAAAAGUAAAGGUGCGCCAAAAAAGCUUCGCAAGAAAAGUCCUUUAGAGACUAGUUCUAAGAAAUCAAAGAAUUGUAAG